AUGAAGGUUCUAGCAGUGCUAUGGACAGUGUCUCUAGUGAGACUAUGCAGCGCGAGAUGCUGUAGAAACCCUAAUGCUUUCCGUAAAGGGGCUGUAAACACUACCCUUGACCUCUCUUCUCCUGAUCCUUCAUUGGCUAGAGACUAUGAAAGUACUGUGGAUGGAGUAAUCUAUUACUCCUACUUUCCCAAUGGAAAAUUGUUCAGCAGGAUCAUGGAUGAUGGAGUCACUCUCUGGGAAGCGGAAGGCAGUGAAGGGUGUAUAUCGGCAGAAUUGUAUUCCAAGGGAUAUUACUCGCUCCUUUUCGUAGGUAUAAAGAAUGGUUACGAUUUCCAUACCAGGUGCUUUGAGAAAUUUGAUGGAAAGUGGAAGGAGAUUGGCAUGGAAGAAUUUAAGAACUUGAAGGCAGCGAUGGAAGAAUGUGUAAAACCGUGUGAGCAUGACUUCCAAGGGGUUACAUUAUAUCCCAUUGAUGAGGAAUUGGUGGAGAAAGUCACUAGUCCACCUAAACCUUCUACUCCCAUUACUCUGGAUCUUUCUCAUCCCGAUGAAGCCGAAAUAGUUGUGAAGGAAAAUAAGGAAUACGGAGUGACUGUUAAGGUAUACUCUCCCAAAGAUGCCUUCCAUAUAUCCUCUGUUAUGGAUUCUUGCAAGGAACUGUGGAAAGCUGGCGGGGAGGAAAGAUUUACCUCCGCAGGUUUUUACACGAGAGGAAGUCUAUCAUUCCUUGCCAUAACCAUAAAUAAGGGUGAAGAAUUAGAAUACAAGUUCUUUAAAAAGGUAGGUGGAGUAUGGAAUGAAGUAGAUGAAGAACUCUUUGAUGACGAAGUGGGUAAGAUGAUGGAAGAAUACGCAGAACCUUAA